AUGAGCAACCAGGGCCAGAUCUGCACAUCCACAUCCAGAAUCCUGGUUCAUGAAGAUGUCUACCAGGACUAUGUUGCAAGGUUCAAAGCGAUAUGUCUUGAGAACAAGGUGGGCAACCCCUUCGACGACGACACAUUCCAGGGACCGCAGAUCAUCAAGGUCCAAUAUGAGAAGAUUCUGGGAUACAUCCAAGCCGGUAAGGAUGAAGGUGCCAAGCUUGUGACUGGUGGAGUUCCAUUCAAGAACGUCGGGGAUGGCAAAGGAUUCUUCAUCGAGCCAACAGUCUUUUCCGACGUGAAGAAAGAUAUGAGGAUCUUCCAAGAAGAGGUUUUCGGUCCUUUCGUCGCCAUCACGCCCUUCAAGACGGAGGAAGAGGCAGUUUCUUUGGCUAACAACACUUCAUACGGACUCGGCGCUGCGUUGUUCUCACGCGAUAUCGAGCGGUGCCAUCGCGUAGCCGCCCGCCUCGAAUCUGGAAUGGUCUGGAUCAACAGCUCGAAUGACUCUGAUAUUCGUGUUCCAUUCGGUGGCGUCAAGCAAAGUGGCAUUGGUCGCGAAUUGGGAGAAGCUGGUCUGGCUGCUUACUCACAGACAAAGGCAGUGCACGUCAACAUGGGGUUCAAGCUGUGA